AUGACGGAAAAGAAAGAUUCCAAAAGAGAAUUUACAAUUCGACGACGAUCACGACCACAUCCAACCCAUUCUCUCACCACAACUCAUAGAACACCUUCUAUGGAGAAUCUUUUUACAAUGUUUGAUAAUGCAACUGCUACUAGGUCACCAGAAACGCAUGAAGAUUCAAAUGUCAUGAUGUCGUGUGCUCCCCAUUCCGAUCUUCCGUAUCCUGAACACGUUAUUACUUACCUGGACUGUGUUCAGAUUGGUCAGAGGGAUCUCUACUACCUUUUCAUAUACGUACCAGUCAAUAAGGAGCAUGAGGUUACCCCAGUGGAUUGUGUAGAUCCGAAUUUUCUUACCUGGAUUCCGAAAAGGGAGAAGUUGAAAGGAAUCGAACUUGGGUUUCCCAUGAAGAAGUUACCUCCAUACUUCUUCCGGUAUUACCGAGAUAUCAUGGAGGCUACCGAACAAGUCUGCAUUGAUUCCUCUGCGCUGAUAAACCAUGAGAUUGAUCCACAUGAUUUACAACGAUUUGAUGGAAAGGUGCUAACGCAGACAGUGUAUCGUCACAGAGGGCUCAAAAGGAAUGUGCUACCCCCAAAGCAACCUCCAAAUACGGCGGAAACCGGUCACAGAAGCGAUGAAGAAGUAGAUGAAUGUCCAAAUUUAACACCAUCCGGAGUGGGACGAACGUUUAAUGACAAGGAUUGUCGUUAUGCUGCCGCGGAAAUGCCAAUAAACGAUUCAUUCGUGUCCAAAGAGGAGGUAGAGAAGGCGUGCACCUGUCUUCAUUGCACCUAUCAAAAGCCCAUUGUACAGGUCACCAAGGAGGAGCGUAAUCGCCUCCCAGUGCCAAAAUAUGUCACUACCCUUCUUAAUAUGGCCCUCUUAGCUCUUGUGCUGAUCCUCAUCUUCGGCACAGUGCUGGGUUUCUGUCUGAACAACAAAGACAAGGCAAUGAUCCUCUUCCUCACCCGCACCCGUAAACGCAAACGCGAACGUGAGGAGGCAUUAGCCCGAGAGGCUGCCGAGAGAGCAGCCAAGGAGGCGGAGGAACAGAAUCUGAUAAAUUGGAACCCCUUCCUCAACCGGUAUGGUAUGCUGGCUGGAAGUGGCGCAGUGGGCGGCUUUGGACCCUUCUCAGCCCGUUUGCCAAUGGGAAAUAUCGAUAGCACAGGUGGUGGACAAUUCAGAGGCCCGCAGUAUUCGACGGCCGCCAAUCAGGAGGGACAAAAAGGUGCCGGACGCAAACGUGGAGGUCGUUGA